ACAACUCUCAUCAGCUCUCAGCACAAUCUCAACCUCGCUCCGUACAACAGACCGAGAGAGAGAGAGAGAGAUCGAGAUUCGAGAGGGAGCUGAUAAAAAAACACACACUAUUAUAGCAAUAUCGAGCAGCAAUUAAUUAAGCAUAAUGGCGCCGAAGAGCCUUGCCCUCGCCGCUCUGCUCAUCGCCGUCGUCGUCGUCUCCGCCGGCGAGCUGCCCCGCGGUGCGGCGGGGUCGUUGGGGGCGAGCCCCAACGCCAACACCAGCUUCAUUGUCUCCGGCAUCGUGCCAUGCGCCACCGGGAACUCCAUCAACCUGGCCAGCGUCCCGUCGUUCCCCAACGCCCUGGUGCAGCUCGUGUGCGGCAGCACCGUAGUGGGCAGCACGACGACGGACAUCACCGGGGCCUUCCUCUUCAGCCAAGGCAGUGCCAGCAAGGAUCUGAUCGCCGCCAUUCUGGGCAACCUGUGCAAGGUGGUCGUGGUCACCCCGCUGGGCGCGUGCGACAAGUCCCUGGCCGGAGCCACCGGGACGCUGUCGGCGCCGCUGAAGCUCCUGGGCAUCACCACGGGCAGCGGCAGCGACCUCGGCGGCCUCGGCGCCCUCAUCGGCGGGAUCGUCGGUCUCAUUGGGCAGAUCAUCGGCGGCAUCCUCAACCUCGGCACCAUGCCCUUCUCCUUCGUCUGAAGUCUGAACUCUCAUCAGGUGGUGCACCUACAGGCUACAGGCUACAAAGGGCUGCUGUCCUGGACGAGCUGCCUACAUGUUAAUCUAUCGACGGCGCCAAUGAAUUAUUUAUUAUAAAUAACUAAUUAAGAAGAAAUCAAUACGUGUAGCGGUGGAUAAUGUUCAUUUGGGCUGCUUUAUUAGUUAUAUACUUUGUGUCCCACAUCACAUAUAUAUGUGCUAUAUACGACCGACGUACUGUACCUAUUAAUCUUUUAAUCUCGUACCAUGCAUGCAUGCUUGCUUCAAAGAAGCACAUGAACAUAUGUACCGUGUGUAUCGCUCUUUGUUGCCUCGUCUCGCUUGUUUGUGAGAAGAUAGAAAAGGAGAGGUUAUAUAUGUGUGAUUAUUAUUGAA